AUGGCUAAGCUCACGCUGUCACUAUUAGCAGUCUGCUCCGCUCUUUUGGCGCCCGGCACCACCGCAGCAAACACGGACAAUGGCCAAUGGAUCCUUGCCAAUGAGAUCUCAAGAGUCUCAAAUCAGAGUUUAGUGUGGGGUCCUUACCGACCAAAUCUUUACUUUGGGGUUAAACCAAGGAUACCGAAGAGUAUGAUUGCUGGCUUGAUGUGGAGCAAGGUCGAUGACUUUGCAUCGUUUGCUCAGACCGUGCGACAUACAUGCGAGCAGAGUGACGAUAUGGCGGGUUACGGAUGGGACGAAUAUGAUGUGAGGACCGGAGGGCACCAGGUCAUAAAAGAUCCCGGAAAUUCCAUCAAUAUACACACAGAGUUUAUAAAAAUCGAGGGAGGAGAAAAUGGUGAGAUUGGUCCUAUCAAGACAGGUGUAGGCUUAAUAAUAAUUCUUCGAACGUUAGGGGGCCAUUGGGGUGUUCGUGUCAAGGGGAUACCCAGACCUGGAGCCCCAGUGGAUUUGAAAACCAUGGUGAUCUUUUAUGUUGGCCUCGAGGGACUGGGAAGCCUUAGCUUGCAAAAUGAGCCCGAUGAAAGAGGAUUGGCUGGCGAUGUUACGCUCGAAGGUUCGAUGCCAGAAUUAGGCGAGUUCAAGAUAGACAUCACCACAGGGCCAGGCACCAAUAAACCCCCGCAAGUCGGGCAUAAGAAAUAUUGGAAAGAGAAGCCGUUGGAUCGUACUUUGUACCGUUCCCUAAAAGUCCCGGAGGAGGAUGUCUGGAAAGCAAAAGAUACAUUCUUUAUGGGCCUACGCGAUAACUUUCUUAAAGCCAAGGAGAAAUAUGGAGAAUCGGAUCUCCCACCUCCGUGGCAAGUCUUUACUAUCCCAAAUACCUUUGGUCCAGGGAAUUUCCACAUGGUUCAAAAAGUUUUCGAGGGUGGGUUUGAGUUUGACAUUCUCUACUCUUCGGCCUCAGCGCCUACAUCUAUGACCACCGAUAUCCUCACUGAAAAAAUCCGGACCGUAGGCAAGUCUUUCGCUGAUCGCUUCGAAAAUAUUUUUCCGCGAGAACCUCCUUUCAAUGCCCCUCGCUACCGACAAUUUGCCCGCAAUUUCUUCUCAAAUCUACUUGGUGGCAUUGGUCAUUUCUACGGCACCUCUGUUAUUGAUCGUACAUACGCCCCCGAAUAUGAAGAAGAAGAUGAGGGUUUUUGGGAAGAGGCUAAAGCUGCCCAGGCACGCCCAGACGCUGCAAAUUUGGAAGGUCCAACUGAGUUGUUUACGAGCAUUCCUUCAAGGCCAUUCUUUCCCAGGGGUUUCUUGUGGGACGAGGGAUUCCAUCUAUUGCCAAUUAGUGACUGGGACAUGGACUUAACCCUUCAAAUUGUGAAAAGCUGGGUAUCCCUUGUUGACAGGGAUGGCUGGCUUCCAAGAGAACAAAUUUUAGGAGACGAGGCCCGCAGCAAGGUUCCCCAAGAGUUUCAGACUCAGUAUCCUCACUAUGCUAACCCCCCAACAUUAUUUUUUGUCUUGACCAAGUUCAUCGAUCAUUCUAACCAUCGAUCACUAGCCAAUGAAUAUCUUGAUAAGGAGUCAUUCGACAACCUAUUCUCUUCCGGUGACCUUCCUACUGUUCACCUCGAGAACCCUAAAGCGGCUUCAGAAUACCUACGGUCAAUCUAUCCUAACCUUCGGCGCAAUUACUUUUGGUACCGCAAGAGUCAGUCUGGUGAGAUCCGCGGCUGGGAUCGCAACGCAUACUCCAAAAAGGAAGGAUACCGCUGGCGCGGACGCACUCCCGAACACUGCUUGACAUCUGGCCUCGAUGAUUACCCACGAGCCCGUCCCCCACACACCGGGGAACUCCACGUUGAUCUUCUUUCCUGGAUCGGGAUGAUGACAAGCUGUAUCAGGCGCAUCGCUGCUGCAAUUGGCGAGCAUGACGAUGUAGCAGAGUUUGAGCAAUACGAAUAUUCUAUCAAGAAAAACCUUGACGACUUACACUGGAACGAGAAGCACCAAACCUAUUGUGAUGCUACAAUUGACGACUUUGAGGAGAGCGUACAUGUUUGUCAUAAGGGUUAUAUUUCCAUAUUUCCUUUUCUACUCGGGCUUAUGGAGAAAGACUCCAAAAAGCUUGGAAAAGUUUUAGAUCUUAUAGCUGAUCCUGAAGAGCUCUGGAGUAAUUACGGCCUAAGAAGUUUGAGCAAGAAGGACGAAUACUAUGGAACAGGCGAGAACUAUUGGAGGGGCCCUAUCUGGAUUAACAUUAACUAUUUGGCCAUCCAGAGAUUAAUGGAAUAUGGAUCCAAGGAGGGCCCUCAUCAAAAACAGGCGGCAGAGCUAUACAAGGAGCUCCGGGUCAACGUGGUUGAAAACGUUUACAAAAGUUGGAAGGACACCGGUUAUGCAUGGGAACAGUAUGAUGCGGAAACCGGUAAGGGUCAGAGAACAGCUCACUUCCUGGGGUGGACAUCAUUGGUUGUCAAGAUCAUGAAUAUGCCAGAGGCGGUGAGUGUCGUAGCUACUCCCCUGAAGGAUGAGCUAUAG